AUGACCCGUGCCCACUGUGCCCCGGGUAGGCCAUAUUUGACAGUGGUCACUAGUUUAGCGAAGCGAGUGAGUGUCAGGAUCGCUCGUACGUUCGACGUUCCGCGCGCGAGGAUCGGCAACCUGUAAAUACCGCUCCACGACCGACGAGCCGACCGAGCCGACGACAGCCAGUUUAGUCACAAUGAGCACCGCGUCAAGCCAGGACGAUGCUCCGAUAUACGCGCCGUUCUUCGGCGUUAUGGGCGCCGCCUCGGCCAUCAUAUUUUCCGCUCUGGGAGCGGCAUAUGGCACAGCGAAAGCCGGCACAGGAAUCGCAGCGAUGUCCGUCAUGAGGCCAGAGUUGAUCAUGAAGUCCAUCAUUCCUGUCGUCAUGGCAGGUAUCAUUGCCAUUUAUGGCCUCGUGGUGGCCGUCCUCAUUGCGGGUUCUCUCGAAAAGGGCAAAUACACUCUGUUUAUGGGUUUCGCCCAUUUGGGCGCUGGUCUGGCCGUGGGCUUCUCCGGUUUAGCGGCCGGCUUCGCCAUCGGCAUUGUCGGUGACGCCGGUGUGAGAGGCACCGCGCAGCAACCUCGUCUCUUCGUCGGCAUGAUCUUGAUACUGAUCUUCGCCGAAGUGUUGGGUCUCUAUGGUCUGAUCGUUGCCAUCUACUUGUACACCAAGUAAACGGUCAGUAGCGGCACCUCUACCUGCCCAUGGCUCCAUGCAAGACAUGUCACCUGCAACCAACAGCGCUCCCCGACUCUAUUAUAAUGCUACAGCCAACUUGUUUUUUGACAUUUUACUUAAAAAGUCACGUUACUCCAUGAUGCAUACAUACACAUCUUACCUUAUCCACUUAUCUACCUACCGAAAAGAAAGAAAAAAAAAAAGAGAUACGAAAAGACAUCUUCAUUGGCUCAUCUUCGCGCAUCCUUCUAUAAUAUCAUAUUCGAAGUCGAUUUAUCUUUAGCGUCCAAGCAUUUAACCACCGCUCAUCUCACGAGUCGUAUAAAUCGUGUAUAUUGGAAGGUGCGCUGCGUGCGCGAUCGGCGAGAAAUGCCCGCCUGCUUGACUAAAUUUACUUGGCAAAAUUGAGGCAUGUCGGCGGAGCGUCUCGACGUCGCGGUGUUACAAGGAGCAAAUAUAGCCAAAAAUAAGGAGAAGGGAAAAAGGACAGCAAAAGCGGACAACAACAUGGGCGAUGCAGGGGAAUGCAAUGGAUACGUAUAUAAAGAGAGAGAGAGAGAGAGAGAAAGAGAGAGAAAGAGAGAGAGAGAGAGAAGAUCUCCCAUAUAAUCCCAUGCCGAACAUUCUCUUUCACUGUAUAGUAAUCAUUUGUAGCGUAGUAACGACAUUGAAUUAACAGUUGAAGUUAAUCGGCUCUACUGAGUGUAUAAAGAGAAAAAAACAUGUUAUUAAUAAAAAGAAUAUUUAGCACAA